UAACUUUGGUAUCAGUCUUAACGACUUAAUAUCUAGUCCGCUAGUCUAAUAAACUACCGAGCAUAAUAAUAAAUAUUUUAGAAAAUGGAUUCAGUAAUUCGUACUCGUACUCCUGAAAUUCCUGCUGAGGGUAUACGGGAUCAGUAUGCCGAUGGAAAAGCUGCUGAUUUUUUGAAAAUUGUAAUUGGAGAUGGGAAAGAACGUACUCAAGCUUACAGAGGCUUUAUAGUGAGUUUAUUUCGUGAAAAUGGUUGCAAGAGAAUCCUUGAUGUUGCCUGCGGUACAGGAAUCGACUCUAUAAUGCUCAUUGAAGAAGGAUUCCAAGUUGUCAGUGUUGAUGCUUCUGAUAAAAUGCUCAAAUAUGCGCUAAAAGACCGAUGGGAUCGAAGAAAAGAACCUGGUUUUGAUGACUGGGUUAUUGAAGAAGCCAAUUGGUUCACACUGGCUAAGGAUAUUGGACAUCUUAUUGGCGAUGGUUUUGAUGCUGUGAUUUGUUUAGGCAACAGUUUCUCUCACAUCUAUGCAGUUGGCGGCGAUCAGAGUAAACAGAAACAAGUAUUAAAAAACUUUAAGAUGUGUCUUAAACCAGGUGGUUUUCUUCUUAUGGAUCACAGAAAUUAUGAUCAUAUUUUGAAUGGUGGGGCUGCUCCAUCGAAAUGCAUUUACUUGAAAAGUCCGCUUCUGAAAGAUGUAAAAACUUCCGUCUAUUCAGUUGGCGGUAUACCCGAAGAGAUUAUCCAAGAUUACUUCGUGUCUUCGGAUGAAAAUGACGAGAAUCCAGGGAAACAAAAUCACCUUCGCUUAUCUGCCUAUCCUAAUCAGCUUAAAUCCGUCAAGAAUAUGUUACGGGAAAUAUUUUCCCAGACCAACCACAAAAUUUUUGGUGACUACAAACCUCUUAAUGAGGUAAAAGACCCAGCAUUUUUUAUUCAUUUCAUUCAAAAUAAAUAAUUGCCCCAUACAAUUAAAACAUAAAGAAUCGGGAGUGAAUGCGGAUUUUAUUCCAAUUCGUAUUCACUCCAAUCUGGAGUUUUAAUACUUAUAAAUUUAUAUUUAAUAGAAACAACUGCUAAUUAAAAACAUAAU